ACGUCUCCUUUACGGCAGGCAUGUGUCUCUGGUUAGCUUGUUGUUAUUCGAAUAGCUAAUCGUACAGGCUCUUUUUUAUCUUUUACGCAAAAUUGUUAUACCGUGAAGACUUUCAACGUUGACAAAUGGAUGUGGGAGAGCUCCUGAACUAUCAGCCUGAUAGAGGAGCAAAGCGUCCUAGGGAGGAAGAUGGAGGUGAGGAUGACUCCAGAGGAGGGAAGCAACAGAAAGGUCUGAGUGCUAGGGAACAAGCCAGGUACCGGGAAGCAGGAGUAGGGUUGGAAAGAGUUGCUGAGAUGAGGGAGACUGAAGAGCUGACCGAGGACAAAAAGGUGAUCUUAGACAAACUGAUGGACCAGGACGAAGAAGAACCAGAGGCAGAGCCAGUUGAUGAGAGCUCGGUGAAGAAAAUGAUCCUGACCUUUGAGAAAAGGUCAUACAAAAACCAGGAACUAAGGAUUAAGUUUCCAGACAACCCAGAAAAGUUCAUGGAGUCAGAGCUGGACUUAAAUGACAUUAUUCAAGAAAUGCAUGUGAUUGCAACAAUGCCAGAUCUCUACCAUCUGCUUGUGGAGCUGAAUGCUGUCCACUCACUGCUGGGCCUGCUUAGUCAUGAAAACACUGAUGUGGCCAUAGCAGUGGUGGACCUCCUGCAGGAGCUGACAGAUAUCGACACACUGCACGAGAGCGAGGAGGGAGCUGAGGUUCUCAUAGAUUCUGUGUUGGAAGGGCAGGUGGUGGCCUUGCUGGUGCAGAACAUGGAGCGGCUAGAUGAACAGGUGAAAGAGGAGGCGGAUGGCAUCUUUAACACACUGGCAAUCAUAGAAAAUAUGGCGGAGUUCAGACCAGGACUGUGCAGUGAGGCUGCCCAGCAGGGACUCAUGCAGUGGCUGCUCAAGAGAAUUAAGGCAAAGAUGCCGUUUGAUGCUAACAAGCUGUACUGCAGUGAAAUCCUGGCCAUCUUGCUGCAAAAUAACGACAAUACUAGAGAACUGCUGGGGGAGAUGGAUGGCAUUGAUGUGUUAUUGCAGCAACUCUCUGUGUUCAAACGUCACAACCCAAACACAGCUGAGGAGCAGGAGAUGAUGGAGAACCUGUUUGAUGGUCUUUGUUCCUGUCUCAUGCUGCCUUCCAAUCGUGACCGCUUCCUCAAAGGAGAGGGCCUUCAGCUAAUGAAUCUCAUGCUCAGAGAGAAGAAAAUGUCUCGAACCAGUGCUCUGAAGGUCCUGGACCAUGGGAUGAUCGGACCAGAGGGAGCAGAUAACUGCCAUAAAUUUGUGGACAUCCUAGGCUUGCGAACUAUCUUUCCGCUUUUCAUGAAAACACCCAAGAAGAUGAAGAAAACUGGUACUUCAGAGAAAGAACAUGAAGAACACGUCUGCUCCAUCAUCGCUUCCAUGCUGAGAAAUCUGAAGUCCCAGCAGAGAACCAGACUGCUUAACAAGUUCACAGAGAACGACUGUGAGAAGGUUGAUCGACUGAUGGAGUUACAUUUUAGGUACCUGGAGGCUGUUCAACAGGCUGACAAGAGGAUUGAAGGGGAGAAACAUGAGAUGGUUCGUCGGGGGGAGAUCCUGGAUGACAGCAUGGAGGAUGAAUUCUACCUUCGCCGUCUGGAUGCUGGACUGUUUGUCCUUCAGUUAAUCUGCUAUAUUAUGGUAGAGAUCAGCAACUCAGGGAUCCCUCAGCUGCAGCAGAGAGUCCAUCAAAUUCUCAAUUUAAGAGGAGGAUCUGUUAAAGUAGUCCGCCACAUCAUGAGAGAGUACGCUGAGAGCAUUGGAGAUGGAAAGAGUGACGAGUUCAAAGAGGCUGAGCGGAAGAGGAUCAUGGACCUUGCAGAAAACUUUUAAUCCUAUUUUUUCAUUCUUUGCCUUUGCUUAUAUCUUUCAGACACACUCAAACACAGACGAAAGCCCAGCAACUCAGAUUUUAAACUGACUGCAGAAAUACUGCAGAGAAAAGGAAAAUACCAACAUUUAUCAUUUUUAUGGUUUAAAAGAAAUGUACACACAUCCAAAUGGGAAAUAUUUUUACUAAUAAUUUGAGGCUUUAAUUAAUGAAGCAGAAUGGGUGAAGAGUGUGCAUGCAAACGUGCACGGAGCCACCAUGCAAUGUCUUUUUCAACAGCAGUGUUUUUUGUGUCUGUACUGUGGUAUUGAAAGCUGAGGGAUAUUGUUUGGACAAAGAUCUGCAAAUUAUAUAUCUCGAUUUGUUUGUUUCUGGACUUAGUUGUAAAAUAUUUUCGAAUAAAACAUUUGGUAAUAAAAUUUUGAUUUGA